AUGAUCCCAGAACGAAACUGUGCUGGUCAAUUCGGCAUUCAUUCAGCUGAUAAGAGUUUACCGGGAUCGGUGACAGUCAAAGAGAAAUGGUGCUUUCAAAGAUUGGCUGAUCAAAUCGAACGAAAGAGUACUUCGGAAAAAAUCGACGUCUAUCAAUGCCGUCAAUGUGUCUUUCAUACGUGCUGGCUUGGUUGGAGGGUUUUGCCGGCUCACCGCGACUAUCUCACGAAUCUUCGUUCUGUGCCC